CUUUUAACGGAUAGCGUGUGUUUAUUAUUCAACGUUUAAGAUAAAUUACGCUCUCAACACCUACAAAAGAUAGCUGGCUAGAUACAUUCAUUCUCAAGUUAAUGUAGAGGGAUUUGUGCUUGGCGGUUGAUUGGCUACUAAUAAUAACUAGUUGGGGCGUGUUUGGCUGGUCAGGAAGGAGGGACGAUCAACACUUCAAGACCUCGCCUACUUUAGCAUCUCUAGCUAAUGUUACUCUACUACUGUUGUAUGUGAUAGAGUUGCGCUAGCUACUUCGCCACCUCUCUCUGUUGUUUUCAGAUCGAAAACGACACUGCUGUGUCAAACCAGCUCAACAGUCCACCAUGUUCCGCAGUAGGGACAAAAAAACGCCUGAACCGUUCCAGGAUGUUUCGCAAGGGUUGAAAAAACUAUAUCGGACUAAACUCUUUCCCCUGGAGGACACCUACCAAUUCCACGACUUUCACUCACCGUCGCUCGAAGAUGCUGACUUCGACAACAAACCCAUGGUUCUCUUGGUCGGUCAGUACUCGACCGGGAAAACCACCUUUAUUCGGCACCUGAUGGAGCAGGACUUUCCCGGUAUGAGGAUAGGGCCCGAGCCGACGACAGACUCAUUCAUAGCCGUGAUGCACGGUGACCAGGACGGGAUGAUACCUGGAAACGCCUUGGUUGUCGACCCCAAAAAACCCUUCCGCAAACUCAACGCAUUUGGUAAUGCGUUCCUCAACAGAUUUAUGUGUGCUCAGAUGCCCAACCCAGUCCUGGAGAGCAUCAGUAUCAUCGAUACCCCUGGAAUCUUGUCAGGAGAGAAACAGAGGAUAAGCAGAGGGUAUGACUUUGCGGCGGUACUGGAGUGGUUCGCGGAACGCGUGGACCGCAUCAUCCUCCUGUUUGACGCCCACAAGCUGGACAUCUCAGACGAGUUCUCUGAGGUGAUCCGCGCCCUGAAGAACCACGAGGACAAGAUGCGCGUGGUGCUGAACAAGGCUGACCAGAUCAACACGCAGCAGCUGAUGAGAGUCUACGGCGCCCUCAUGUGGUCGCUGGGAAAGAUCAUUAACACCCCCGAGGUGGUGAGGGUGUACAUCGGGUCGUUCUGGGCCCAGCCUCUCCUGAUCCCUGACAACAGGAAGCUGUUUGAGGCUGAGGAACAGGACUUGUUCCAGGACAUCCAGGGGCUGCCCCGGAACGCAGCCAUACGGAAACUCAAUGACCUCAUCAAAAGGGCACGGCUGGCUAAGGUCCAUGCCUACAUCAUCAUCUCUCUGAAGAAGGAGAUGCCCAGUGUGUUUGGAAAGGAGAACAAGAAGAAGGAACUGAUCGCCAACCUGGGAGAGACGUACCUGAAGAUCGAGAGGGAACAUCAGAUCUCCCCUGGAGACUUCCCUAAACUCAAGAAGAUGCAGGAGCUCCUGGCUGGCCACGACUUCUCGAAGUUCCCUACCAUGAAGCCCAAGCUACUGGAGGCUGUGGAGGACAUGUUGGCCAACGACAUCGCUCGCCUCAUGACCCUGGUCCGACAGGAGGAAGCCGCCAUGCCCAGCCAGGCUGUCCACGGAGGUGCCUUUGAAGGUACCAUGUCCGGCCCCUUCGGUCACGGCUACGGAGAGGGUGCCGGGGAAGGCAUCGAUGAGCUGGAGUGGGUGGUGGCCCGGGACAAACCUUCGUACGAUGAGAUUUUCUACACGCUGUCACCAAUCAAUGGUAAAGUGUCGGGCGCGGCAGCCAAGAAGGAGAUGAUGAAGUCCAAGCUGCCCAACACGGUCCUGGGCAAGAUCUGGAAGCUGGCCGACGUGGAUAAGGAUGGUUACCUAGACGACGAGGAGUUUGCGUUGGCCAAUCACCUGAUCAGAGUGAAGCUGGAGGGACAUGAGCUGCCGGGUAAGCUUCCGGAACACCUGGUGCCACCUUCUAAACGCCACCAGGAGAUUGAUAUGGGAGAGUGAUGUGGGGCUGGGAGGAAGGGGGGGAAACGCAAUCUGAUGAACCUGGGGAGGGCUUGUUUUGCGUUGUGGGGGAAAUGUUUCUGAAUAUUUGCUGAGGGAGGGUUGGAACUGAUGAAUGGACAUUAAUGCAACAUAAUGUGUUGAUGCUGCGUGAGGAGAUGGAAAACGUGUUAAAGACAUUUAAAAUAUACUGUCCAUAUGUUGAUCCAAAGAAACCUAAUGAACUAGUUCUUUUUGGAGAAAAAAGAUUAUAACUUAGAAUUGUUUUAUCUAUAUUUUUGUAUUUCGUGUCGGUUUACUAUGAGAUGUUUUCAAAUGCUUCCGUUUUAUUUUCUCCAAUUAAUAAAAAUUUAAUAUUUAUCUCAA